AUGCACAAAAAUUCGUUAAAUCUCUCUAUACAACGAAUAUUCAUUGGAUUUUCUUUCGUUAAACCGAGUCAAAAUGCUAUGCAGAACCUUAAUCAGAAGCGCUACCAACAGUAUAUCAUUGCACAAUUAGACUCUGAUGACGGGAGUGAUGAGGAUGAGGAUAUGAAUAUAGAAACCCUUCCACGGAUUACGGCUUCGGAGACUUUGAAUUUGGUAAAAUGGCUUCGUUUGUAUGAAGAGCAGCAGGAUCAAGAGAGAUCAGAGUCUAAUUCAACAGCUUAA